CUGUGCCGGGCGCCUUCCCCCCUCCCUGCAGAUGGUCUCCAUCCCCGCCGGCGUGUUCACGAUGGGCACGGAUGACCCUCAGAUCAAGCAGGACGGGGAGGCGCCCGCCCGGAGAGUCACCGUGGAUGCCUUCUACAUGGACGCCUAUGAAGUCAGUAACGCCGACUUCGAGAGGUUCGUGAACGCCACCGGCUACCUGACCGAGGCUGAGAAGUUCGGCGACUCUUUCGUCUUCGAAGGCCUGCUGAGCGAGCAGGUGAAGGCCGGCAUCCAGCAGGCGGUGGCGGCUGCUCCCUGGUGGUUACCUGUGAAAGGCGCCAGCUGGCGACACCCAGAGGGGCCCGACUCGACUGUCCUGCACAGGCCGGACCACCCGGUCCUGCACGUCUCCUGGAACGACGCGGUGGCCUACUGCGCGUGGGCCGGGAAGCGCCUGCCCACGGAGGCCGAGUGGGAGUACAGCUGCCGCGGGGGCCUGCACGACAGACUCUUCCCCUGGGGCAACAAACUGCAGCCGAGGGGCCAGCACUAUGCCAACCUCUGGCAGGGCGAGUUUCCUGUGACCGACACCGGCGAGGACGGCUUCCGCGGCACCGCGCCCGUGGAUGCCUUUCCUCCCAACGGCUACGGCUUGUACAACAUCGUGGGGAACGCGUGGGAGUGGACGGCGGACUGGUGGGCCGUGCGCCAUUCUGCCGAGGAGGCACUUAACCCAAAGGGCCCCCCCUCCGGGAAGGACCGGGUGAAGAAAGGCGGCUCCUACAUGUGCCAUAAGACCCGACCCCAUGGAAGCCAGAGCAAAGUCGUAAUCCCCUCCGGCUUGGGCGCGGGGAGACGCGGCACCGGCAGCAGAGGCUGUGAACGGCCUGCUGUCAGCCAGGUCCCCUGUGUGGCGUCUGGACCUUUGAGGGACCUGUGGCCCCAUGAACCGGGGGGUGGGGUGUGUCCUCUUCCAGCGGGAGAGCCUGAGCACGCCCGGGUUGAGUCGGGACGCGUGCGCUGCCUGCUUUCUCGGUGGAGACGAGGUCAGAGGUGGGCGGGUGGACCGUGGGAGCACCGGUGCUCUGGGUGUGGAGUGGGCUCGGGGCUAAGCGGGCCUCAGGGCGGGCGGGGCUGCCCGUGGGCUGAGACUCCGGUCGGAGCUGGUGCUCGGUCCGGCGGAGGACUGGGGUGUCUGAGUAACCAUUUUAAGGACUUUGACAUCCAAACUAAGAUGUGGACUCUGGGUUAGGUCUGGGUUGAAGUCCUCUAACUGCUCCUUGCUAGUCUUGCCCUUGGGACCUAGCCUUUCUAAGCCUCACUUUAAACAUCUGUAAAAUGCGCGUCAUAGUUGCACCUACUGUCAGGUCCUCACGAGGAAUGAAUGGACCCGCACAUGUGAGCACGUGGUUCAGGGCCUCGCUCACAGUCACGACUGAGUAAGAGCUGCUGCUGCCAACCCAUCAUCCUCGCCGUCCCCUCUGCUGUCAUUAGGUCGUUUCCCCUUCCUCUGAAAGAGGGUCCCACUACCGAAUCCCUGACUGGUAAGGCAGAGCCCUGGAAACGGUUUAGCACAGGUGGGAGCCAGGAACAGGAAGGAGUCGUGUGGUUCAUUGUGCAUGAAGGCACCUUGCUGAGCCGGGCCGGCCUUGGCUGGGGCCGGGCCGUGUGCGUGGCUCAGUGAGCGUUGCUGAUGACUCCCAGCUCCCAUCGGAGAAGAGGGCACAGAGAGAAUAGGCACGUGGCAUCCAGAGGAGCCCUGGGUGGACGGAAAAGGCUGUCAUCUGCCACCACCCCUUCCCAGCCAGGGGCCUGGGCGCACUCAGCAUCCCCAUGCCUCAGUUUCCCUUCAGGUGUGCAAGUCAGACCCUCAUAACACCGACCCCCGGUGCUUGGGAGGGUGAAGUGAGUUAGCCGUGUGACGUUCUCAGGACAGUUCCCAGAGGGAGCGGUCCAGAGCCUGUUGUCGUGAUGAAUGUGGUAGAUUCAUCCCGUGGGACCUUCUGCUGGGCCCCAGCCCCAGCGUGGAGGCAGCCCUCCCCCCGCCUGACACCA